AUGGCCACUCUGAUCCGGAGCAAGCUUUCCAACGUCGCCACCUCGGUUUCCAACAAGUCCCAGGCCAAAGUGAGCGGCAUGUUUGCGAGGAUGGGCUUCCAGGCGGCUACCGAUGAAGAGGCGGUGGGCUUUGUGCAUUGCGAUGACCUGGACAUGGAGCACAGGCAAGGGCUUCAGAUGGACAUCUUAAAGUCGGACGCCAGCGAGGAAGGAGCCGAGCCGCCCCUAGAAGGGGAUAUCCAUUACCAAAGGGACGGCACGGGUCCCCUGCCCCCGUCAGCCUCCAAGGACGAGGGUAUCUGCUCGGAGCUCUCCAGCCAAGCCAAGCCCAAAAUCACCGCCUGGGAAGCUGGGUGGAAUGUCACCAACGCAAUCCAGGGGAUGUUUGUUCUUGGCCUGCCCUAUGCUAUCCUUCAUGGUGGAUAUCUAGGACUCUUUUUAAUUAUUUUUGCUGCAGUAGUUUGCUGCUACACUGGGAAAAUCCUUAUUGCCUGUCUUUACGAAGAGAAUGAAGAUGGGGAGAUAGUCAGGGUGAGAGACUCCUAUGUCGACAUUGCUAACGCUUGCUGUGCUCCCAGGUUUCCCAAGCUUGGAGGGAGGAUUGUGAAUGUGGCUCAGAUCAUUGAGCUGGUCAUGACCUGUAUUCUCUAUGUGGUGGUCAGUGGGAACCUGAUGUACAACAGCUUCCCAAACUUGCCUGUCUCCCAGAAAUCUUGGUCUAUCAUUGCCACAGCUGUGCUCCUGCCUUGUGCUUUCUUGAAGAACCUCAAGGCUGUCUCGAAGUUCAGCUUGCUCUGCACCUUAGCCCACUUUGUGAUCAACAUUUUGGUGAUUGCCUACUGUCUCUCCAGAGCACGUGACUGGGCUUGGGACAAAGUCAAGUUUUACAUUGAUGUGAAGAAGUUCCCCAUCUCCAUUGGCAUCAUCGUCUUCAGCUACACCUCCCAGAUCUUUCUGCCUUCCUUAGAGGGGAACAUGCAGCACCCCAAGGAGUUUCAUUGCAUGAUGAACUGGACUCACAUAGCAGCUUGCAUUCUCAAGGGACUCUUUGCCUUGGUAGCCUAUCUGACCUGGGCUGAUGAGACUAAAGAAGUCAUCACAGACAACUUGCCAUCCACCAUUAGGGCAGUAGUCAACCUUUUCUUGGUGUCCAAAGCUUUGCUUUCCUACCCCUUGCCCUUCUUUGCAGCUGUGGAAGUCCUGGAGAAGUCCCUUUUCCAAGAUGGAAACAGGGCAGUCUUUCCUAACUGUUAUGGGGGUGAUGGGAGGAUCAAGUCUUGGGGACUAGCCCUCAGGUGUGCCCUGGUAGUUUUCACCUUGUUAAUGGCUAUCUACGUCCCUCAUUUUGCCCUCCUGAUGGGUCUUACAGGGAGCCUCACAGGUGCAGGCCUCUGUUUCCUGCUCCCCAGUCUCUUCCACCUCAAGCUCUUGUGGAGGAAGCUCAUGUGGCACCAUGUUUUCUUUGAUGUCGCCAUUUUCGUUAUAGGUGGUAUAUGCAGCGUGUCUGGAUUCAUCCAUUCUUUAGAAGGCCUCAUAGAGGCUUACGGUUCCAACAUAGAAGACUAA